AUGCUAGGAAAUGAGGGCUGGACCUCUGCCGUAGGUUCCAGCCUCGCCAUCUUGAUUUGUCUUCUCUAUGUGCCGUUUUUGCUCAAUCAAAUAGAGACAAUACGACAGAGUGUCCAAGGACAGCGCCAUCAGUUUGAGCACUUCGAAAAGUUGGCGUUGAAUGAAUUUGAGAAAAUCCACACCGAGUCGUUCCUAAAGCCAAGACGAGUUCGACAAGUUCCCUCUGGACAAUGCCAAUGUGAAGCCAUUGAUAACAACAAUUGCCCAUCUGGGCCACCGGGACCGCCUGGAUACGCUGGUGAGCCCGGAUUGCCGGGAGCUAAUGGAAAGCCUGGUGUGACUGGAGCGCCGGGUGAAAUCGACUCCGAAGAUCAGGGAUGGUGCCGUAGAUGUCCCGCGGGCCUACCUGGCCUACCAGGAGCACCCGGCCCAACUGGACCACCCGGUGAUGAUGGAAAGCCUGGGGAACCCGGAUUUGUGUUUGGAGUGUCCGAGCCUGGAGAACCCGGUCGACCCGGACGGCCUGGAUCCCCAGGAGAAAAUGGAGUCGAUGGAGCCCCUGGAGAACCCGGAAAGAGUGGAACGUUUUCUUGGCCUGGAUCAGCUGGGCCAGAUGGGUCACCUGGGCCACCUGGCCCAAAGGGACCUCCCGGUGAAGUUGGAGUGCCCGGCCGGAAGGGAUCGGCUGGAGAUUACGGUAAACAGGGAAAACCCGGGCCCCAAGGUUUUCCGGGAGAAAAGGGCGCCCCAGGGCCACCGGGUCUCGACGGUGGAGGACUUCGUUGUGGCUGCAAAUGGAGUUUCCUUCAUGUUGCUGACACAGAGGCCCGUUCAUUGGAGCAUUGGGUCUACGAAGAAGGUGGAUUCGAUAACGAUAAAUGGGCAAAGUACCAACAGGAAUGGAAAGAAGAAAUGGGGCAAAAGAGGAAGGGAAAUUCGGAGGGAAGUUCUAGCGAUGAGGAUGGGAAAGCUGACAAGCAUAGGCAUCACGGAGACGGAUGGAAGAAAGCUGGGCCUAAGAAAUCGUCAAGUUCGUCAAAGAAAUCGUCAAGUUCGUCAAAGAAAUCUUCAAGUAGUUCGUCGUCAAGCGAUGGUGGUGAAGAGAAAAAGCACAGAGAUGAGGAAGAAUAUUGGAAAAAGGCGAAAGCUGAUAAAGAGAGGCCAAAAGGACAUAAGCAUUCAAGUGAGAGUUCAUCAGGAAGUGCUGAAAAGAAAAAGCAAAAAGAGGAAGAGGAAAGUUGGAAGAAAACGUCACAGGCGAUUGAGGCCACAACAGCUGCUUAUAUUCCGAGACCCUAUCAUCAGACUUAUUUCGGUGAUCAGAAUCCGACUCAAAAUACUCCAAAUCAAAACUAUGGCUAUCAGGAUCCUUAUGGCUAUCCAAAACGAAAGCAUCACAAGCAUAAACAUCACAAGAAACAUCAUCGUCCAAAAUAUAUUCCAAGACCAUAUCAGCAGACUUAUUUCGGAGAUCAGAAUUCUGAAGCUGGAAAUCAGCCCAACGAUUAUCAACGACCUGCGAACAGUUAUCAACGAAAUCAGUACGGACAUCCUUAC